AUGCAUGAAAAAGUUCCAUUUCUACUACAUGUCCUGCCGAAUAUCCUAGGUCUACUGCUCAACGCUAUUCUGUAUGUACUGGCACGAUAUCAUAGUCCACAAACGAUUCGUAUAUAUUCACUUCUGAUUUUGAAUUUUGCUGUUUGCGAUUUUUUCGCUUGCUUAACGUCAUUAAUUGUCUGCCAAAGGAUCAUACCGGGAGGCACGUCGUUGUUUUAUAUUUCUGAAGGACUCUGUCAAUACAUUGGUCCCCGAUUCUGUUAUGUUAGCUAUAGCAUCAUGUUGCACAUGCUUUCGCAUUCAUUCUACAGUAUAGUGCUGUCGUUCUCAUUUCGUUACUAUGUGGUUGUCCACAAAACACCAUCAAUAAAUAAAAUCAAGCUGAUCAUAUUUCUCAUCUACUUGCCGUCGUUUCUGCAAAUGGUAUCCUUUAGCUUCGCUGAUGAUCCUCCUGAAGUCAUUGUGCCGUUAUUACGAUCUAAAUAUCCUCAGUAUAAUCUCACAGGACGUACUGUCACGGGCAAUCUGAACAUUUUCGAGUGGAAAGCGUUGGCCACUAUACUGUAUAUGACAAUACCGGUCGCACCUGUAUACAUCUGUGUCUUAGCCCUACGAAGGGGUAUCGUUCGACAUUUGAAUGACUCCAUAAUGUCGUCAAGAACGAGGAACUUACACCAGCAGCUCCUUACUGCUCUCAUUUGGCAAGCUAUGCUGCCUCUGUUCUACCUCCUUGCAGUAAUUUCGUAUGCCUGUGGUCAGCUUGGUAUUUACAACCAUCCACUACUUGAACAUUCGACAUUUAUUUUAGCUGGUUUUGUUCCUGCACUCAGUCCAAUCACGUCCCUAUAUUUUGUUCGACAUUAUCGUGAUCGCCUUCGAUAUGCUUUUAUCAAACGUUCGUCUAUUUUAAGAGAAGCACACUCAAAAGAGUUUUCAACAGUUCGUGAUUCACAGACUCAUAGAACUUCCCAUACUGUGUAG